AUGGGUCGUUUGCGUGAUACGGAUGAUGAAGAUGAAUACCUGGAGGUGGAGGAGGAAGAAUGUCGUUCACCUGUUGUGGUGUGCUUGUCCCCGGAACCUAUUCGGAAGAUUACUACCGUUAGCCGAGUACAUCCCGUAAACACAGUGGAGGAUAUUAUCGAGAGUGCCAGACAUUUCUCACCCCUCACUGACCCCCAGGAGAUUAAACGGUUGUGUUGUGAGAAGGUGCCCACGUGGAAGAUAUUUCAAGUUGAUCCAAGCAUGCUCGAAGCCGAACAGAUUGUAGCCGGUUUAACGAACCAAUUAUUUCAAGUAAGUUUACUUCAGCGGACUUCCCCGCAAUCCAAUUCGCCCCAACCAACGGCAGGUUCAAAAGCAGUGGAGAGCCGUAAGGGAAUGGAGGGUCUAGUCCCAGUCAAAGUUCUAUUUCGGGUAUACGGGACCGCGGUAGGAGACCUGUAUGACCCUGAGAGAGAGUUUGCAAUUUUUCGGUUGUUAAGUGAAGUGGAGGCUGCCCCCAAGUUGUUUGCUUCGUUUCCGGGCGGCCGAAUUGAAGAGUUCAUCAAAGGCCAUUCGCUGAAGAAGAAUGAAAUGGAUAAUCCAAGCGUCCUAUGUGCCGUGGCUACCGUCUUGGCUCGGUUCCACCGCCUGGCGGAGCGCCUGCCGCGAGUAGCUGAAUUCAAUGACGAAUCAUGUCACUAUGAGCCCACAUCAACUGAAGCCCUCAUGAUACAGCGCAUGAAAAGCAUGUCUGACAGCGACAGUGCUGAUUGGAAGAAGCGUUUCACCGACCUACCCCUGGAUGCCAUGACCAAGGAGAUACCCGAUCUACUCCGUAUCCUUCAGGAGGACGACGAUCAUCUCAUUCUGCAACCUGCCUUCUGCCAUAACGACGUUCAAGAAAAUAACAUACUUGUGAGUGGAACUCGCAUACGGUUGAUAGACUUUGAAUAUUCAUCGUAUAACUAUCCCGCGUUCGACAUUGCUAACUUCUUUGCUGAAAUGCGGAUGGACUAUUGUGUGGACCAGCACCCCUACUUUACACAUGACGUGGACCCCGCGAAUUUCCCAGACGAGGAAUUGAUCCGAUUAUUUGGUAGUGUGUACAUGAGUGCCAGGUGUAGAGCGACGAUUCUUCCCUCACACCACUCUUUGGACAGAUUCGUAUCCAUAGUUAAAAAGUUCGUGUUAUCUAGUCACCUACUGUGGUCGUUCUGGUCGAUCAUCAGGUUCUCCCAGGCGAAUACGAGUGGCUCGUUCGACUUCAAAGCGUACGCCUUGAGUCGGUGGCAAGCAUAUCUUUUGUGGAAGAAACAUAUUUCAGUUUAA